CUGUGGUUGUGUCUGCUUGUCGGCUCGGACCCUUAAACUGAGGCGAUUGAGGGGUAGACUAGGAGGCCGCGGGGAACGCGGACUCCCCGAAGAGCUGGCGAUCCCUCGGGAAGCCCUCUGGAAGAGUUCCACUCACUGGUCUCUAACCAGACACAAGAGUUAGCUUGCCAGGAAAAAAAAGGAAGAGAUCCCACCAUAAGAACAAAACCUCUUCUUUAACUGGACAAUGGCAGUAGUUUUGGACCCUCAGAUCCAGGCUCCUCAAACACAAGAUGGAGUCCUUAUAGUGAAACUGGAAGAUGAUUCCCAUUGGCAUCAGGAAUCUUUCCUUCAUGGAAAUGACCAAGGUCCUGAGGCUUCCUGUCAGCAUUUCUGGCAGUUCAGAUACCAGGAGGCAGCAGGACCACGUGAAGCUUUGAACCAACUCAGAGAACUCUGUCGUCAGUGGUUGAGACCAGAGAAGUGCACCAAAGAACAGAUUCUAGAGCUGCUGGUGUUGGAGCAGUUCCUGACUGUUCUUCCUAGAGAAAUUCAGUCAUGGGUUAGAGAACAACAUCCAGAGAGUGGAGAAGAGGCAGUAGCCCUGGUGGAAAAUUUGCAAAGAGAACCUGACAGGUCAGAACAGAAGGUCCCAGGCGUUAUGAAAGGGCAGGAAGUACUCACAGAGAUGGUAACAGCUGCAGGAUCAGUACCCAAUUCACUAAGUAUCCAACUGAAGCAAACACAGACAAAAUCCAAAUGUACAUUCCAGGAGAACGCAGAGAGAUUACACCUAGAACCAGAGAAAGAGCUGAUCUGUGAUCCUAAGAUAGAGCCCCAUUCCCUUCAGGAAAGUGCUCUACCUACUUCUCAGGUGCUUAAUCCUCCUGUGGAAGCAAGUAGUGGUAACCAGGAGAUAAUGAACAGGUCCCAGGAGCUGAUGACUUUUGGAGAUGUGGCCAUAUACUUCUCUCAGGAAGCACAAGAGCAGUUAUACCUAGCUCCACAAGAUCUCUGCCAAGAUCAAACUCAGGAGAAUAAUGAGAAUGGUGUGUCACAGAGAUUUAUAAUUCCCAGAUCCAAUGUGAUCUCCUCUUUAGAGCAAGAGGAAAAACAGCAAAAUCCAGAUCUUCAAGGCUUUAAGGAGAAGGAAAAUUCAGGAGAUUCUCGAAUGAGUGGAGAACGAGCAAAAGUUGGUCAAGCACCAGUAAUGAAAAAAGUCAAACAUUGGGAAGAUCUGGAACGUCAGGGUUUGGAAGAUGAGAAGGUAGCAGGUGUACACUGGAGCUAUGAAGAAACCAAAAUUUUCUUAGGGAUUCUCAGUGAGUCUUGGAUUUAUGAAAAACUUCGAACUUGUCAUCGAAAUCGUCAGGUAUACCGGAUUGUAGCUGAGCGACUACGUGAGCAAGGUUUCCUCCGAACCUUGGAACAAUGUCGAUAUAGAUUUAAAAACCUUCAGACAAACUAUCGCAAAGCAAGAAGCACUCACACUCCAGGAACUUGCCCAUUCUAUGAAGAGAUGGAUGCUCUGAUGAGCCCCCGGGUUGCUGUCACUGCCCCAGAGGUGGAACGGAAUCUCCUUGGGCAAGGGGACCAUGAUAUAGAAACUGAAGAACUUGAGAGGGAUAGUUGGGAACAUGAGGAAAUAGCAAUGGCAGGGGUUGUGUUAGAGAGUGGAUCCAGAGAACUGGAUUUGGACCAUCCAGCAGCAUCUUUGGAAGAGCUGCAUUCAGGAGCUGUAACAGAGGAUUCUGAUGGUGAUGAAUUGGGCAGUGAUGAACCAUCUGAAAGUCCUGGUACCCCACCCCUUUUUCGGAGUGCCACAGGAGUGCACUGGGGAUAUGAAGAAACCAAGAUUUUUUUGGGGAUUCUUGGUGAGCCUCGUAUUUAUGAAAAACUUCGGACCUGUCAUCGGAACCGUCAAGUAUACAGGAUUGUGGCUGAGCGACUUCGUGAAUGUGGCUUCCUCCGGACUCUGGAGCAAUGUCGUUACAGAUUUAAAAACCUUCAGACACACUACCGAAAAGCAAGAAGUGGCCAUACCCCAGGGAUCUGCCCCUUUUAUGAGGAGAUGGAUGCCCUGAUGAGCCCAUGGACCACCAUUACUCCCUUUGAUGUCUUAGAGAUGGCAGGAAGUCUUCUAAAGGGGAAACUUGAAUCCAAGAAGAGUAUUGACUGGGAGAACCAGAAGACAGUAGUAGAGGAUGGUAAUCAUAUUGAAGAGGAGGUAUCACCAACAGAACUUAAGAGCUUCAAGUCACACGGUCUAUUUCAGAAUUCCAAUGCAGAACUUCUCAUUCCUAAGCCAGAUUCAAACUCCAAGCCAGAGAGUGGGGAAGAGCUGUGGAAUGUCAUGCUCUCUGAUUCCAAGGAUAUUCAGAGAACUUCCCAUACAAAUUUUGAAAUGAGCAAAGAAAAUGUGGAGAAUCCAAGCCAGGAAAUUUCUGAGGAAAUAGAACUACAGGCAACAUUACUAGGAAGCUCCAAAGGAAAUGUUUCUCAUUAUCUUAAUUGGAGGAAAGCUUGGGAAAGAGAAUACAGAACUGAGAGGCAAUGGGCAAUACUCCCAGGGGAAUCACAAGGGCCACCAUCCUCAGAAAGAAAUUUAGGCAAUUUUAUAGGACUUCAGGGAACCUAUAUAGGAGAAAACCCAAACACAUGUUCUGAAUGUGGAAAAAACUUCAAUCAGAACUCACACCUUGCUGUACAUCGAUUAGCUCACUUUGGGGAGAAGAAAUCAUAUAAUUGUGAUGAAUGUGGCAAAACCUUUGGUCGAAGUUCACAUCUUAUUUGCCACCAGAGAAUCCACACAGGAGAAAAACCUUACAAAUGUCCUGAGUGUGGAAAAGGCUUUAGUGAUCACUCUAAUCUCACAGCACAUCAAAGAAUCCAUACAGGAGAAAAACCCUAUAAAUGUGGUGAAUGCUGGAAAAGCUUCAAUCAGAGUUCAAGCCUUAUUAUGCAUCAGAGAAUACACACAGGAGAAAAACCCCAUAAGUGCAGUGAAUGUGGGAAAAGCUUCACUAAUAGCUCACAUUUUAAUGCUCACUGGCGGACUCAUACGGGUGAAAAACCCUACCAGUGUUCUGAAUGUGGGAAAAGAUUCAGUAAGAGUUCUACCCUCACCAGCCAUCAGAGAAUACAUACAGGAGAAAAACCCUAUGAAUGCCUUGAAUGUGGGAAAAGUUUCAGUGAUCGUUCAAAUCUCAUUACACAUCGACGAAUUCAUACAGGAGAGAGACCCUAUAAGUGUGGUGAAUGCGGGAAAAGUUUCAAUCAGAGUUCAAGCCUUAUUAUACAUCAGAGAAUACACACAGGUGAAAAACCCUAUGAAUGCAGUGAAUGUGGCAGAAGGUUUAAUAACAGUUCACAUUUUAGUGCACAUCGGAGAACUCAUAUGGGUGAGAAACGCUAACUAGCACCAAAUGUUAUGGUCAAUAAAGGUUCGAGUUUCAAAUACCAGGUAAUUAACCCCAAAAGAAAAGUUUCUAUUAUAUUUAAUUCUAUACCACAUUUGAAAAAGACUAUAAUAGUUGAAGUUCAUUACCCAACUGAAAUGAUGUUUGUUUUAUUAAAAUGCACACUUGUCUGAGAAAA